GUGAUUUUACAAAAAGGGCAUUUUAUAAUGAAAAACUGGAUCUGACUUCUGUGGAGGGGCUUGGUGACCUUAUCCAUGCAGAGACAGAGGCACAGCGUAGACAAGCACUCCGCCAGAUGGAAGGAGCACUGGCUGAACUCUACACUCGUUGGAGACAAAUAUUGUUGUACUGUCGAGCAAGCCUAGAAGCUUAUAUUGAUUUUAGUGAAGAUGAUAAUAUUAAGGAAAGCGUGGUAGCAGAGGUUGAAAACAAAAUCUGUAAACUUAUCCAAGAGCUGGAACAACACCUGAUGGACAAUCGUCGUGGAGAAAAACUCAGAAGUGGCCUGCAUAUGGCUAUCCUUGGUAAACCAAAUGUAGGGAAGAGUAGCUUCUUGAAUAUUCUGACUCAAAGGCCUGCAGCCAUUGUGUCUCCUAUCCCAGGUACAACUCGGGAUGUGGUUGAAACUUCCUUAGAUCUGGGUGGCUACCCAGUCAUCAUCAGUGACACAGCAGGUCUUCGACAAACAGAUGACAUUGUUGAGAUUGAGGGAGUGAAGAGAGCGCUGACCAAAGCCCGUCAAUCAGAUAUUGCAGUGAUCAUUCUAGAGGCACCUGAAGUUUUACCUCUUGUUAAAUGUGAAUCCUUCAGUUGGGACACAUUUUUUAGUGACUACCUCAAAGAAAUAGAAAUCUAUAAUUGUGAUGAAGUUGACACUAGAAACAAUUUUGUUGAUGAAUCAUUUAAUUGGAUCAGAAAUAAAGAUCAUAUUACAUUGAUUAAUAAAAUGGACCUCAUUGACUGUGUUGAGGAUAGGGAUUUGCUGGUAAAAGUUCUCAAAGAUUCGUGUGUUUUACUUUCUCUUAAAACACAAGAGGGUAUUGAGACCUCGCUCCACAAGUUAAAGGACCUUUGUGCUUCUCUUUGUGAGAUGGGAACUGCAGAAAAUCCCACAUUAACAGCAGCCAGACACAGAACACAUAUUUCAGCAUGUUUAAAAUCUCUGAAAAUUAUAAUUGGUUCUGAUUAUAAUAUUCAGACAAAUAUGAAUUUGUGUAGAAAACAUAGAGGGUCAAAAAAGGAUCUGGAACCACAGACUAUUAAUUUUUCUCAUCAGUCAUUCUGCUCAAAUAAGGUUACAACAUUUAUUGAUAAUCAUUCUUUCAGCAAGACUGUUAAUCAACAACAUUUUCAAGAUGAAGCUUCAGAUGAUGAUGAAUCAAUUAAUCUUCUGCGCUCAGAGGAGACAAUAGUGGUGGCUGCCCACUACCUCCACAUAGCAACUACCAGUCUUAGUCACAUCACCGGACAAAUCACCACAGAGGACAUCCUUAGUCAUAUCUUUAUGUCAUUUUGUAUUGGAAAAUAAAAAAAAUUUUCUUGGUAAAUUCUAUAUGGAGCAAAUACAAAACACUGAAGAAUAUAAGGAAUUUGAAAGAGCCCUCAGAUUAUGUAAUGAUAAUUCGUUGAAUAGUUUUACCAAAUAUUGUAAAAUACAUAUAUGCACACAAAGUCCUCAUUUACAUUGUUGGUGCAUUCCUAGAAAACACAUAAGAUGAAUUGAUGAAAAUUGGUCUACAGUAUUUCCUCACUUUAAACAAGAGAUUCUUUCCUAGAAAAGGCCAUUAACACAAAUUUUUUUUAACAUGGUACAAAGGUUCAAGACAACCAUUUUCUCCCUAAUUGACAGGCACAGUAAUACAUAAAUAUACAUUAAUAUAAUUCAAUAGAAAUACAGUAUAAAUGAGCAGAUUUUUAUAUAACUGGAGGAUGAUGAUGCAGGAUACGGUGGCCUGUGAGAUGGUUACAUAUUUUGUCAUUCGUAUAUGUACAGUACGCCCGGAUAAUUCACAGAUUUUUUUUCACGGUCCUCUAUUAUUUGUGGAUGACACCCUGGAUGUACCCAAGAAUGUUUGUGGGUACAGUGAGUUCUGCUAUAACGCGUGUUUCGAUAACGCAAAUAUGCUCUUACGCGAUUUAUGAACAGAGGAACGAUAUUUGUAUAACGCGAAAGCUUGUUUGCUGUAACGCGAUUUUUGCUUACUAUUUCUCCAAUUUUGUGUUAUUUACUGUGAAUAUGGUAAAGAAGAAUAUCUCCAA